AUGACCCAGCUUAUUGACUCGGAACACGGAGUAGACUCACUUCCAAACCCUGCAACUACCACUGAUUCUGAUGUGGGAAACACCACGCCUUCACGUGAGGGCACCAUUCGGUUUCACCACCCUUCCAUCCCCUUGACCACUCCCUGCCAUACGUGGUACAGAGUCUUCGGAGAUCUGUCCGCAGGAAGCACUCCCCUCAUCGUCCUCCACGGUGGUCCCGGCGCUUGUCACAACUACCUAGUCAAUCUCUCUCUUUUGAGCACCCGCUUCGGGGUGCCGGUCAUCUUCUACGACCAACUAGGCAAUGGCCUUUCGACACAUUUGCGGGAGAAGCGCCUCGACACUGACUUCUGGACGCCGGAGCUGUUCCUUGCCGAGUUGGACAAUCUACUACGGCAUUUUGGUCUCGGCGAGACGUCGGUUGUGGACGAAAAUGGUGUGGCGAGGACAACGGUAAAAGAGUAUGACCUCUUGGGCCAGAGCUGGGGUGGGAUGAUGGGCUCCACGUGGGCGUGCCGGCAGCCCAAGGGUUUAAAUCGACUGGUGAUAAGUAAUAGUCCGGCGAGUAUGAAGCUCUGGGUGGAGAGCUGCAGGGUGUGGAUUGCGACGUUGCCGGAGUGGGCAAGGAAGGCGAUCAAUGAAGGGGAAGAGAGGAAGAAGUACGACUCUAAGGAAUACGAGGAGGCUGUUCUGCUCUUCUACAAGAAACAUAUGUGUCGCAUCUGGCCGUUUCCAGCCGAUGCCCAAGCAAGUCUGGAGUGGCUGACCAAAGAUGACACUGUUUACAGGACUAUGAACGGUCCAUCCGAGUUUACAGUCAUCGGUAAUCUCAAGGAUUGGGACGUUCAGCCUGAUCUGUACAAGAUCGACGUCCCUACAUUGGUGCUCAAUGGCGAGUAUGAUGAAGCACGGGAUUCUUGCGUGUAUCCUUUCUUCCAGGGCAUCAAAAAGUGCAAAUGGUAUACAUUCCCAGGCUGCAGUCACAUGAGCAACGUGGAGGACCUGGAGGCAUACGUGCGAGUUGUAGGAGGGUUCUUGCGCGUGGCUGACUGCUAG